AUGGCCGUCUCGCGGCAGCCUCGCGAGCCGCCGUCCUCUCCGGAGGGUCCAGAGCUCUUCCGAAGCAUGGCAGGAGACUUCCUUUGUGCUCUUCAUCGUGGUACGUGCGCCGCCAUGCACGACUGCAGCUGCAAUAUGUCGCAGCUGAUUGGCUUUCGGGAUGACGUGGUGGGCAGCUUUGCCGAUGUGAAGUUCUGCAUGGAAUUCUGCCGGCCUCAGAAACUGCAGGCUCUUCCGCCCCACCAAAGGUCCGAGAACUCGAUGGCUCCGGAGCAGCGCAUCGCAGAUGCGUCGCCCAACACGAUCGCCACGCAAGCUCGGCCACACACCGCCUGGAGAGCAGCUCCCUCGCCCCAGAGUGGCUCCGAGCCAUCUCCGCUGUCGGAUGUUCGGGACCCACGGGCGCCCCCCGUCACGUCGCAGCUCAGCAAGUCCAGCCAAGAGACGGCCAACGGUGGCGAGGAAGCCGAUUCCACGCGCCGCGUCGAAGACGAGGCCAAGCACUGGGCCUUCAACGGCCCCUAUGCGCCAGUACACGAGGAAGUCUUUGCGGAGCUCAAGUUGCCCGCGGGGGUUACCCUUCCUAAAGACCUGGAGGGUGCCUAUGUCCGGAACGGGCCGAACCCAUGGUGGAAUCUACCGCAGGAGGAUCAGAACCAUCAUUGGUUCCUCGGAACUGGGAUGGUCCACACCGUCAGGCUGAAGGAUGGCAAGGCAUGGUACAACAAUCACAUCCUUCGGACGAAGAAUUUCAAUGCCGAGCAAAGGACGGGAGGUCCUCACUGGGACAAGAUCGCCAACUCAACCUCCAUGAAAGAAUUCCUGGUUUCUAUGGUGUUGGAGAAGAUCUGGCUUCAACGUGGCACGGUCAGCGGCCCCAGCAACACCAACUUGGUAUAUCACAGCUCGAAGCUCAUGGCCUUGUCUGAAGGCGACAUGCCCAUGGAGCUCCGGGUACUACAAGAUGGGAAGAUGGAGUCGGACGAGAAGUACCUUUACAAAGACAUGUGGAAUGCCCAUCCCAAGAUCGACCCUGUGUCGGGAAAGCUCUACUGGCUCGACUACGACGUCUCGGGCCUGAGUCCCAAAUUCUCCUAUGGCGUGAUCUCCCCCGAUGGCACGCAGGAGCGCUCCUGCACUGGCACGAUGGGCGGGGGCAAGUCGGUCAUGAUCCACGACCUGGGAAUAACGGAGCAGUACGCGCUUGUGAUUGAUGCCCCGGUCCUUGUGAACGUCGAGAAUUUCACCUCGGAAAAGAUUCUCUGGAAGUACGAGCCGUCGCACGGCACUCGCAUCGGCAUUUUCCCAAAGGAUGGCGAGAGCGGGGAGGUCACACCCACAUGGUUCGAGAUCGAAACGUGCUGGAUCUUCCACGUUGCCAACUCCUGGGAAGAAGGCGACACGGUCGUACUAGUAGUUGUCCGCUGGGACGGUAUCGACAUGUCUGGGCACCCAGUGAAGGAGGAUCUUCUGAAACCGGGCUUUGACAAGAAAAUGUACGAGUACCGCUUCGACAUGAAGAACAAGACCGUCGCCGAGAAAUGCCUUUUCUCCGGCUUCACAACCCUGGAAUUCCCUGUCGUCAACCUCAAAGGAAUGGGUCGGAAGUGCCGAUACACAUGGGCCGCUGGCAGCUACGAAGGGGAGCCCAACUUUCAUCGCAUUUUCAAGUUCGACCUGGAGAAGGGGACCAGCUCCAGCUACGCCUGCUGCGACCAGAGCGGCAAGAAGCUCACCGCGGGAGAGGCGUUCUUCACAGGCACUGGCGAAUCCGAAGACCAAGGAUACCUUGUGACCUACCUGGUAGAUCCGGAUGGCAACGGUCCUUCUAGCUUCCUCGUGGUGGACAGUGCCAACUUGGAACCCGUGUGUCAGCUCGCAUUGCCAGCGCGAGUCCCAUUGGGGUUCCACGGUAUUUGGCUUUCCGACCAGCAGGGCCCUCGCGUGGACGCGGGACCGAACGGGCCGACCAACUUCUCGCAGACGAUCCUCACCUGGUUUGUGGAGGACCCUCGGGACGGCUCCUACCAGAUGUUCUCCAAGGGGAAGCCGAAGAGGCUGCUACCCAGAUGCACGCACUACUUCGAUGGCCAUGAGGUUCUUCCGUUGACGGAGGAAGACAAGCAGUGCCUCACCAGGCUGGUUCUCCAGUGGAAGGCAUCCGGUCUGGUUGCCGUUGCCUACUCUUACCGGCCCCUCUCCUCGCAGGCAGAAACCGACAUCCCCAUGCAGCUGGAGAAGAACACCUUCUUCUGUGCGACGGAGGACGACGAGGGAGACUUUCGCUUCGUCCAGGUGCAGAUGCCGUCCUACGCGGAAGCGCUGCAGACGGCAGGAAUACGCUUCCAGGUCUACUCGGUAGAGGGCGAGAAGCGCACGCGCACUCUGGGUUCACAGCUGGGCUUGGAGACGGGCUGGAACUGCCUGAUAUCUCUUGAGCCAAGUGCCCGGCAGGUGAAGAACAUGAUGGGUCAGGUAGUGCUCCCCUCCGGCAUCGCUAAAAUUCGGCGACACGUGAAGGAGGUGGACAACGUGCCCUUGCUUGUCUCUUUGUACUCCAAGGCCACGCCGUGGAGAGCGCAGCAGAUGAUCAGCAUCAUGCAGGAGCACGCUGAGUGCGUCACCUGUGUUGGAUCUGCUCUUCAGCCAAACUUUGAGAUUUUUCGUCAGGCCAGCAUCUCCGUCUCGGUGUUGGUAAACUCAGUGCCGCAGUGCCGGCGAUGCUUCGGCCGUCGCGCUCCUCGCCCCGCAGGCUCGGCAGGCUCCGACGAGUUGCUGGUGAACAACAUGGUGAAUCGUGCUGAGUUCCAGCUCUCUGCGGACCUGACGUCGCUCCCGUGCGCGCUGCAGGCUCGACAUUCCUUCUCCAACGGUGAGCAACGCACGCUCGAGGUCUUGUUCAACGCGAUCAAGGAAGCGCGGCGGUGUGUGGAUUGCAUCCUCAUGGUGCUGAUACACUACAUCUGCGGGGCGGUGGAGCUGGCUGUCAUCGUCUCCCUGCAGUCGCUCCUGUGCCUACCUCCUCCCAUGGAGGGAUUCCACGUCCUCGCCAUUCUUCUACUUCUGUUGCCUUUGCUUUCCGUGUGCUUGCUCUUCAACGCCGCUUCACCGCAGAUCAUGAAAGAGCUGCCUUUGAAGAAGGCCGACGAGAAGACGCUGGCCCAGCCCGGGCGCCUGAUGCUUCUCUAUGCACUGAGAUCAGUCCCCUCGGCGCUGGUGGUGGGCGUGGCCUUCGUUCAAGAUCUGCACCUGCAGUUCUCGUCGCAUCUGCACCGCGCUCUGAUGAAUCCCGAGAGGCCACAGCAGCUCGUUGAGAUGUGUCAAGGAUUCUCUUGGACAUGGUGGCUGACCGGGCGAUGGCCACGCUGCGCAAAGGCGGUCCAUGAGGUGACCACUUCGGGCGCCGCUUUGGGCUCUCUCUUGUCCUGGGAACACGCCAGCUGCACACUCGCCCAUGCACAGCAGUGGUCAGCAUGGCUGUUUAUCCUCUACGAGGUGACAUUGGCAUUCACCUUCUUGGACCGCUACGAUUCACUGGUCACUCGUGGCCCUUCCUCGAACAAGGUGUUGAACAGCAUGGCCUUUGUCACCCUCCUACUUCAUCUGGUGGUGUCCUGCAGCAUGGUGCUUUCCAGGUGCAAGGGAGAUCCGCCAGAAACCCUGGUGCCAUCAGUCCAACAAUGGCUUCUGUACGUGGCUUUGUGGCCUGUGCUGGCAGUGCUCGUGUCCGAGGGCACAAAGCGUCGCGACAGGCGGUACCACAUGCACCUUCAGAAGACUCUGCGAGUGCUCUUCAACACUCGAUUAGGCAUGUGGAGCCCGAAGUGA